UCAGCCAUUUCGUGCUCAAUCGUGUAAGUGCGUGGGUGGUGCGCUUCGCCUCUCCUUUCUUUGGCUUCUGACUGCGUUUUGAGCUAGUCUGUUUCGCUCUUUCCGUGGGACAACAUGACGGACACUCAGUCUCCGGCGGAGUCGGGCAUUGCAACCAGCUCGGAGGUGACAGAAACCAAGAAGCUGGCCGACCUACGAGUCAUAGACCUGAAGGCCGAGCUCAAGAAAAGGAAUUUGGACACGAGCGGGAACAAGAGCGCCCUCACGGAAAGGCUUCGAAAGGCGCUUGAAGAUGAGGGUGGAAAUCCAGAUGAGAUUCAGUUAGCACCAGAAACACCAAGCAAGAAGACUCCGAAGAGAGCUGGCAGAGGAAAAAAAAUGGAAGAUGAAGGUGCUGAAGAUAAUGGUUUAGAGGAUGAUUCUGGGGACAAUCAGGACAAUGAAGAUUCCAAUUUGGAACAAGAAAAUGAGAAAGUGCUCGACAAAAUGGGCGAAUCUUGUAAAUCUGAGCCACUUAAGGAAGAUGCUCCAGAAGUAGAUGAUUCCGUUAACCAGGAAGAAAGUUGCGGGGAAGCAGAGAAGGCCAAGGAGGAGGAAGAUGUUUUUGUUACAGUUGAAUCUGCAGACAGCACUUUAGAUUUGGACGACGAGUCAAGUCAAGUUUGUGUUACUGAAGAAACAAAACCUUUAGAUUCAGAUGACAGGGAGCCUAAAGAACUGAGUGCAGAGGAGAUCAUGGACUCUGACAUGGUAGAGUUAGACAAAACAAGUGAUCAGAGUAGCAAAGUACCAAGUGAUCUUAUAGCUGAUGGAAAAACAGAAGACAAGUCUUCCAGCGAUAAGGGCAGUGAAGAGCCAAAGGAUACUGAAGAGGGUCACACAGAGGAAGAUACGUCUGCCAAUAAGUUGUCCUCUGAAAAUGAGGAUGAUGAUGCAAAAAUGAGUUCUUUGGAUGACGAAGGGGAUAAAAGUCUCUCCAAGGAUGAUAAAGGUUUAACUGAUGCCAGUUCUGGCAGAAAUCUAUGGGUCAGUGGCCUUUCUUCCUCCACAAGGGCUACAGAUUUAAAGAAUCUGUUCAGUAAGCAUGGGAAAGUAGUUGGUGCCAAGGUUGUAACAAAUGCUCGUAGCCCGGGUGCACGCUGCUAUGGAUUUGUUACUAUGUCUUCGUCAGAAGAUGCAACAAAAUGCAUUGUCCACCUCCACCGUACAGAACUUCAUGGAAAGAUGAUUUCUGUAGAGAAAGCAAAAAACGAGCCUGCUGGAAAGAAACCUGACAAGAAAGACGAUGCCAAGUCAGACAAGACAUCCAGCAAUGAAAGGCGGCAUUCAACUGAAAAGUCAGAAAAGUCCUCACCAAGUAAGAAAGAUGAAGAAACUGAUAAAAAAGAUGAUGCAGUAGAUAAAGACAAAGACUCAGAGGAAGCACAGUCUGGAACAGAUAGGUCAAGGUCUACCAAAUCUGGAAGCAGAGGGGCUGAAAGAAUUGUUGUGAUGGACAAGUCAAAGGGUGAACCUGUUAUAAGUGUAAAAACGUCAUCUGACUCAAAAGAAAGAAGUUCUAAAAGCCGGGAACGCAAAUCUAAAAGUAAAGAAAAGAAAGAGAUUCUUUCCUUUGAGAAGAUUAAAGAGCAGAGGGAACGUGAGCGGCAAAGGCAGAGAGAACGAGAGAUAAGAGAAAUGGAGAGACAAAGAGAAAGAGACAGAAGAGCACGAGAGAGAGUUGUUAUGAUUCGGGAACGUGAAGAGAGAGAGAGACUUAACAGAGAACGUGCUCGUCUUGAGUUUGAAAGACAUAGGCUUGAUCGGGAAAGAAUGGAGCGGGAAAGACUUGAGCGAGAGAGAAUGCGCAUAGAAGAGGAAAGGCGACGAGAACAGGAAUAUAUUCAGAGGGAGCGGGACGAGCUGCGCCGCCAACGAGAACAACUUCGUUACGAACAAGAGCGCAGACAAGGAGUGAGAAGGCCUUAUGACUUAGAUGGAAGAAGAGAUGAUGCCUACUGGCCUGAGUCCAAACGAUUGGCUUUGGAUGAUAGGUAUAGGGAUUUUGGCAGACAAGACCGUCUUUCUGAUUUUGACCAUCGGGAACGUCCACGAUACCCAGAUCUUCCAGUGGAUAGAAGAGACAACACCAGAACUGGCUUGGGAGGCAGAGAUCUAAAUUAUCCAGAUCGCCACGGUAGAGAUGGUUGGACAGGUGACUACAAACGUGUUGACGCGAGAGGUGUCCCACCACAAGGAAGGUUGGUAUGAAUAGGAAUGCUAACUUUUUACCAGGUAACAGUUCCCAGAAUAUUUCUGGACCUAUGAACUUUCAACCAGGAAACUUUGCAGCUCAGAAUAGACCCAAUGAUCCAAGAUUUCCUCAUCGCUACUAAUUAUUUUUAAACACUUUUGUUUUAACCAUGGAUGGCAAAGUGGACUUUUUUUAAGUUGUGUACAUCUUGAAUUAUUGUCUAGAUUACAUUGCCUUGUAAUAAACCUUUUUUUUGUUUUUUUUUGUUCUUAACAUAGUAAAAUGUUUGCCUUUUGUUAAACAUUCCAUAAAAAAUUAUAUAUAAAAGGUUGACACAGGUGCAUUAAUAGCUGUUUUUACUAUUGGAAGUGAUUAACCUAUAUCAACCAGAACUCUUGUGUGGAUUGAAACAACUGUCAAGCUUGUGCAGCAAAAACUACAUUUACUCCAUUUGAAAGUACUUUGGUUGCUUAAUGAGUUUUAUUCAAUACACAUGGAAAUCUUACAAACCUCUAAGCAUCUGGAAAAAAGUAUGAAGAAGCCUGAAACUUGAAUGGUCUUUGGUAUAUUUUGCCAAUGAAUUGUGAUUAAAUAAGAUUGGCUUAAAUUAUUAAA